CCCAGCAGCCAUUUUGUUAGCUAACUCCGGAGGUAGCCGGUGGCGCGUGUAGUUGCUAAUUGCGUGCAUUGUGCGUAGCAAAGCUUGAACUUCAGUUCCAUCGCCGUUUUCCGAAAUUUUAUUUAUACCCCAAUCACAGUGAUUUGACCGCAAGACCGUAGGUAAGAAGACUGCGUUUGUAUUUGUUGACUGCGAUUCCACAGCAAGAGUGGACGCUCAUUCAUUUUUCAAGCCCUGUCGAGUUUGCUAGCUUCGGUAGCUACAAAGGAGAUAAGUGACGCCUUUCUUGGCCCUCGCAGCUGAAGAAAAUCAAACGUUCGAGCAUUCACAGUUGUACGAGUGUUGUCGUUCGGCAGUUUUUGCGUUUUAAUUUGCUUCAGGGGGGAGCAAAUUCGAACAGUGAUCACAAACGCAUUCUUUUGCGUGUGUAGCUUCCUCGUAGCGAGGUAGCAUUAAGAGGCUUCAAGCUGGCUACCGGCCUUUCAGAGAACAUGUCCGAGUUGUACAUUCGGGUGGCCGAGGAUGAGAACGAGGAGCCGAUGGAGAUCCCGUCGGAAGACGACGGCACGGUUCUGCUGUCGUCGGUUGCGGCCCAGUUUCCAGGGGCGUGCGGGCUCCGCUACAGAAACCCCGAAUCCCAAUGCAUGCGCGGAGUUCGGCUUGUGGAGGGCGUCCUGCAUGCUCCCGAGAGUGACUGGGGAAACCUGGUCUACGUUGUCAACUACCCCAAAGAUAAUAAAAGAAAGAUGGAGGAAAUAGAUGCUGCCUCGGCUGUCAAAGUCAAAAGGGGUUAUCAGAAGACAUCAGACCUUAUUGUUCUCGGCCUGCCGUGGAAAACCACAGAACAAGACCUGAAAGAAUAUUUCACCACAUUUGGAGAGGUCAUCAUGGUACAGAUCAAGAGGGAUGCCAACACUGGCAACUCCAAAGGAUUUGGCUUUGUGCGUUUCACUGAAUAUGAAACCCAGGUGAAAGUGAUUUCUCAGAGACACAUGAUAGACGGACGAUGGUGCGACUGCAAGCUCCCUAAUUCAAAGGUGCUGGCCGGCCAGGCGUUCCCUGAUGAACCCAUGCGGAGUCGUAAAAUCUUCGUGGGCCGCUGCACUGAGGACAUGACCCCCGAUGAGCUUCGGCAGUACUUCAUGCAAUACGGAGAAGUCACAGACGUCUUCAUCCCCAAGCCGUUCCGGGCGUUCGCCUUUGUCACGUUCGCCGACGACCAGGUGGCUCAGGCCCUGUGCGGAGAAGACCUGAUCAUCAAGGGUGUCAGCGUGCACAUCUCCAACGCCGAGCCCAAACACAACAAUAGUAGGCAAAUGAUGGAGCGAGGGCGCUUUGGGGCUGGCGGCUUCAGUCAGGCGUACGGCGCGAGUCGCGGCGGGCUGGGCGCGGGCGGCGGGGGGAAGGGCGGGGUCAACUUCAGCGCCCUGGGCCUCAACCCGGCCAUGGUGGCGGCCGCCCAGGCGGCGCUGCAGAGCAGCUGGGGCAUGAUGGGCAUGCUGGCCAACCAGCAGGGCAUGAGCACGGCGGCGGGGGGCGCGGCCGCCACCACCCGGGAUCAGACCUACGGCUCCACCAGCACCAGUUACAGCAGCCCCUCCACAGCCAGCCUGGGCUGGCCCGCGGGCACUAACUCGGCCUCGGGCAGCGGCUUCAGCUCUGGCUUUGGCGCCUCCAUGGAGACCAAGUCUUCCAACUGGGGCAUGUAAAUAUGUAGGCGGCGGUUACGUUGUUGUCCUGGGCCAGGGCUCGGGUCCCGCCGUCAAAAGUAGGAAAAGCGUUUAGUUGGAGAUAUUUGUCAGUUUAGCGUGGCCCUCGGAGACUGUACUGAAAUUUCAAAGUUGCCCAGCCCUGGUCUAGGCUCAUCUGGUAAGUACUAUUAAAAAAAAAAAAAAAUCAUUAUAAGAAGAAAGAAAAAAAACACUGCCUUUUUUUUGUUAACCAGUCGAAAUGUGUUUGACACUAGUCAGCAGUGGUUUUAGUUAGCUACUUUUCCGAAAGUGACGUGCAUGCACCGUUGUUUGUAAGCGUGCGCGAGUACCACCAGACCGCCAGUCCCUCUCAAGUGGGCUUGAUAUCCUUGUCUCGUGUAUACAUUGCAUUUGUGUUUCAUUUCUUUUGAAAACAUUUUUUUCCCCUUCUGAACUGAUCUGAUGGAAACGCCUUGCCGACCGUCUCUCCUGCAGUUAACCAACUGUUUCGCACGCUCCCGGGAGGAAGCGCCUCACUGGCGGCAAUGUUCUACAGAUCUCAGUAUCACGUGUAAACGCUUUGCCAUCAACACCACACAAGCUUCACUCUGCAUUUACUGUGCUCCACGGUGGGUGUCACCUUCUCAUUUCCUCUCCCUUUGUCGUGGACUUCUUGUCUGAGAUCGAUGAGUGGAAAUUGAUGUGGAGCGAGCGAACGAACGAGUGCAACGUGAACGAAAGCACGAGUGAGCAGAGACUGCUUGGAUUCUGUUUUUUUUUCUUUCUUUUUUUUUUUUUUUUUUCUUUUUUGGAAGGGACAAAUGACAAAUGCCUGCGAGAGUUGGAGGAAGCCGUGGCUUUUGUACGAGUGUUGUGUGUCAUCACAAGGACAUCAUUUGCCAGCCCAAGUAGUCAUUUUAGAAGGCAGUUCCAAGUGCUAAGACUUUGUAUCCCUCUCAAGCUUUCCUCUUGAUGUCCAGUUCAAACUGAAUUGUGUGUCUGCCUGUGUGCUUUUUCUUUUCUGUGUUACCUAGGCAACCUCUGUGUGUGGACAUUUGACUGCUGCUGUUUGAGCGUUUGAAAGUGUGCUGACGACAUGACAAAUGUUUGAUAUGCUCAUAUUGAAAGUUUGAGUUUUGAAUGAGGGUUUUUUUCCCCCCGACCCCGCCCCCAUCCCCUAUGUUUUGUGAUUUGAAUCUGAAAUAAAAGGAGAAUUUGACUAGG